ACAUUGUUGUCAAUGUCCGCGCCUCAACAUCUCUUGUCAGCACUUGGAAUGAAUGAUCAUGCCCCGAGUAACAAGAAGCCAAUACUAUCAUUGAUAAUUGGUGAUGGCAAUGACGACGACGACGAUGACGAUGAUGAUGAGCUGCCAUCAACUCUUCAGUCAUUAACUUAUGGUAAAUGGUUCAACAAUGACAUCUAUCCAGGAUACCUACCAGAGUCAUUGACAUUGUUGCGGUUCGGCAAGAUGUACAACCGACCUCUUGUCGUUGGCAUGCUGCCAGACGCCCUCAAGACAUUAGCAUUUGGUUCGCACUUUAACCAGAUGAUCGAGGUUGGUGUCCUGCCCCAGUCACUCAAACGUCUUACAUUUGGCAAGCGAUUCAAUCAAACUCUGGCAGCAGGCAUGCUGCCCGGAUCGCUGGAGUACCUAGGGUUUGAGGGAGAGUAUGACCAACCCUUUGAGAGUGACACGCUACCUCAAUCACUUCAAACAUUGCGGUUCAGCGAGAUGUAUAACCUCCCGCUCAACAUAGCCAACCUCCCCGCAUCUAUGACCACAUUGGACACGGUAGACAUCUUGGACCCGGCAUCACUACCUCCGUCAAUCACGACCCUUAGCCUACGAAGCGUGCCGACUCCACAAUGCAACUUCCCCAACCCGAGACUCACCACCCUUCUGUUCAGGGAGCGCUAUCGCUUCGGUGGUCACCACGAUAUGGUGAUUAACGACCCGGUGCCCGACAGACUCCCAGACUCAAUCACGUGUUUGCAUCUCAACAGCAAGUUUAGUCAACCAUUGGUGGCAGGCUACCUGCCCAACUCAAUCUUACAUCUGUCCAACUUUUACAACGGGGACCAUCCCUUGCUGAUUGGCGCGUUGCCCAGCCGACUCAGAUCCCUUUGGUUCUCGCCCGACUUUAACCUGCCGAUUGAGUCUGGGGUGCUGCCAAUCAAUCUCACCUCGCUUCAGUUUGGUCUAAACUUCAAUCAACGUCUGGUGCCCGGCAUCCUUCCACCAUCACUUGAAAUUCUAGACCUUGGCUACUCGUAUGAUCAAGAGUUGACAGCUGGCGCACUGCCACCAUCACUCACUCAUUUGACGCUGAGCAAAGACCUGAAGGACACGGAUGUCGUGUUGCCAAACAGUAUCAAACAUCUGGACAUGAUCACCAACAGGAAUAUCAACAUUAUCAAUGCGCUGGCCAGUUCGAUUGAAGAGGUGACGGUCAUCUACUACCAUGUGAGGGAUCUGGAGCAGGACCAUGAAAUGUCAGGCGUGUGUGGAGUGGCGCUAAGCGUGUUCAACGCCACACUCAUGGGCGACUUUAACUUGUGUUCGCCCGGCAUUACUCCAGCAAUGCAUUCCUUUCAAACAUUUUCCAGGCUGUUUCCCAAUGUUCAAACUUACAACUUCAUCAUCAACAGGGAUCAAGAACCUGGAAUAUUCAAAAGGAUUGACGACACUACUAUACUCCAUCUAUCUCCAAAGGGUCGUGUAUACUUUAUGUCUAUCAAG